AUGUGUUUAAUCCUGACGCUGACCCUGGACCAGCUCUCUGUGAACCUCAGCACCAACCUCAACGCCUCUCAGUCUCAGGUGGUUCAACCAAACCUGGUGGUGCAGUCGGCACAGGUCCCUGCGUCCGACACUCAGGGCGUCCAGUUCACCUCUCUCACGGGAUCUGACGUCUCCGUGGUUUCAGGAACGUCUGGCAGUUUUGUUGCCAACCGGAUUCAGCUGAACACCAACACGUCAGAGGUGGGGGUGGAGAACGGAUUCAGAGCCGACGCCCUGAUCUACGUACGAUUCCCAGCAGAAGCCGCCAGCAGACGUCAGGAGCCUUCGGGCGUCUCUCUGGGUUUCGUCCUCUACCAGAACGACCGCUUCUUCAGGUCCAGUCUCUACAGGAGUCGUCACGCCACCGUCAGGGUCCUGUCGGCCACGGUCGGAGGUCGUGAGCGCAGCGUGGUGCCACAACAUGUGGAGAUACAGUUCAGACCAACGGUGAGAAAACAGUUGAGGUUCAUAUUUAAUAUGGAUGUUAAACAGAGUUUUCUGACUGAGGAACCGCCGAACGGGACGUCUCUGUACGACUUCGCCUGUGCUUUCUGGGACUACAGCAAGGAGGACUGGAGCACCGUCGGCUGCUCCAAAGGAAACGCCUCGGACGGAGUCCUCCGAUGUUUCUGUAACCACACCACCAACUUCGCCGCUCUCUGGUCUUUCAGGGAGGACUAUAAGUACGCAGAAGCUCUGGACUGGAUUUCCUUGGUUGGACUGUCUGUAUCUGUUCUGGGUUUGGUGGUAACGAUCAUUUACCACAUUAAAGACAAGUUAAAAUAUAAAAACAUUACGACGUCUUUCUCGAAAUAUUACGACUUUUUUCUUGAAAAUACUAAAAUACAAAAUGUGACUUUAUUCCUGAAAGUUUUUCUCUUUAGUUUUCAGAAAAAGUCUCGUCAGAACAACAAGAACUCAAAGAUGGCGCUGCUGUGUAUCUACGUCAGCCUGCUGGCCUUCAUCAUCACCUUCCUCUCUGGAGUGCAGAACUCCCACCGGCAGGACGUGGGCGAGGUGCAGACUCAAACGAACGCCAUCCUGGACUCUGACGAGCACGUGGAGCCGGACGGCGGCUCGUGCACGGCGGUGGUGGCUCUGCUUCACUUCUUCCUGUUGGCCACCUUCAUGUGGAACAGUGUGUACGCCACCCAGCUGGUGCUGCUGGUCCGGACCAUGCACAGAAGUCUCCCCCCACACUGGACUCCGCUCAGUGUGGCUGUGGGAUGGGGUAUGAGACGAGUCCCAGCUGUUGUCAUGGCGAUCACACUGGGAGCUACCUACAGGGUGGACAAUCCUCUGGGAUACAGACAGGAGGAAUUCUGCUGGCUCGCAGGACUGGACAGGGACAAACAUUUUGACUUUGGGAAACCGAUGUUCUGGGGUUUCAUCCUUCCUGUGGGUCUGAUCCUGAUCUACAACACAGUGCUGCUGGUCCUCACCUGUGUGUCCAUCUGCAGGACAGACCCCCGCCUCGCCAGCACCAGUCAGUCUCUGGGGAAGAAGUUCCUCACCAGUUUCUCUCUGGCUGUGAUACUGGGUGUGUCCUGGUCUCUGGGAUACCUGGUCCUGGUCUCCUCAGAAGAAACACACUUCGCCUUCAGCAUCAUCUUCUGCCUCUUUACAACCACACAGGGUCUUCAGAUCUUCGUCCUCUUCACAGCCAGAAAGCCGUCGUUCAGAGCCACCGUCUCCCGCUCUGUGCAGUACAUCGCCUCGGUCAACGACAUGCUCCACAUGACCACGUACAGUCUGCAGAGGGUGUGGACGGGGGGGUCCGAGUCCGAGUCCGAGUCCUACAGAGACCUGAGAGACGACUGCACGGCCGGCAGCAAGACGCCGAAGGUUUCAUCACCAGAGGUUCAGGACGAAGAUCUGAAGAUAGACAUGGGACAGAGGAGGAUAUCAAUCCUCCUGACAGCUCCAACAGAGACACAAACCUGAUCAGCAUGGCUGCACACUUCCCAUCAUGCAUCUCCAGUGAGUUCCAACUCAAAGAAGACAAGAUGGAAACUUUUGUUUCGUUUAACAGAUCAAAGGAAGUCAUGUUGUUUUCUCUGGUAUUAAUGAAGCCAUGAUGAAUUCCCUCCCACACCUCCCCCUCCUCCCCUCCUCCCCCUCCUCCCCCUCCUCCCGUACACUGAGGUGAACAGUGAGUAAUGAACUGACUCCUGCUGCUGGACACAAGGUGGCAGCAUUUAGUAAGAUUUUAAAUCACACGGCCUGACGCCGAGUCACAACAAACAUGACUUUUAUUAUUUUACUACUUUUAUUACUUAUAUUUUUUAGUAUUUGAUCGAUUGUUUAAGUCAGAAUAUUUCUGUUUUCUGUAUUUUUAAUUCAUUUACUGAACAUUGCACUUCAGUGAUAGGUCAAAAUCAUUUUUCAGUUUGAAUAAAUCUAAUAAAACCUGGUGAUUUGUUGCUUCACAGUUAAAAUGAGCUACAUUAUAUAUGAUAUGUUACAAUAAAUAAUACAAUGUUUAAUAUAUCAAUAAUAAUGAUCUAAUAAUAUAACAGUCAUGACACAAACACUGGUCAUAGAAGCCUGGUCCAUCGCUGCUGCGGCACUUUAAAUAAAGGUGAUCUCUUUAUUUAAAGUCUCAACUGGACUUUAAUGGUCUGUUACUGGUCUGAACUGGUUCUUUUACUGGUCAGACCUGCACCAGUUUGACUAGUUCAUGAUGAUUUGCUUGUUAACAGAAAUACACAGGUGUGACUCCACUGAGCCACCAGAGGGCGUCCUGACACCAGCGUCCAGUGACGGUUCAGUGCCGUCUGUGUUUCCUGUGACUGUGUGAGCCGACUCCAUGUUUGUCUCAUGUUUGAUUUGCAGUCUUGGAUCUUUCCCAUGUUUUAUCUAAAUGAAAGUUGGCACGUGAACCGUCCAUCUGGUUGUGAUCAGUUAAAGGCUGUAAAAGCUGCAAACACAUGUCCUCCAUGUCCACUCUGACUUUACGUCCACUGUUUGUCUAAACAUGGGAAGAGGAAUGAGAGCUGGUGUGUUAGAGAAAGGCUGACGAGGCUCUUUAAGCCUUUAACGACCACAUGUUCCUGUUUUAUUGUCAGUCAUUAGAGUUUUCCUGCCUGCGCUCUCAGCAUGGAUCUGAGUGAAGCUCAGGCCUCCUGCAUCUUCUGUUACAAACAACAAACAAAAUGGUGGAAUUCUCCUUUAACUGCAGCUGCUGUCGAGCCUGAAAGAUCAAUAGCACUUCAUAAAUUCUCCCCCACACAUGAUUCCUCUCAGUUUCCCUUGAAUCCGCUUCAUUUAUUCAAACUAUUUCCAGGGCUGGAGACGAGAUCCAACAUGUGGAGGAGCAGAAACAGAUUUCCAUGGAAGAGCAGGCGGCUGUUUGUCCGUCCAGAGGAAAGGGCUGAUUUCAGCAGGACGGAGGAUUUGAACCUGCAGCGACCAGCGCUCUCCAAGAAGCCGUGUCAAAGGUCGAGUUCUUUAAAAAACAAAUUGCUGCAUUUCCAUGUAGAUGACACGUGGUUGCUACAGAUUUCCUAUGGUUGUCAGGGGCUCAGGAGACAGUUGCUAUGGCGUUAUGGGUGGUUGCUAGUGGGUUACUAGGUGGCUGCUAUGGUGACAACGACACGUGUCUCCUGGUUAAAUUACAGUCGCAGCACCGCCACUCAACAGGAAGCUGUGCCAGCAGACAGUCAGUGAACGUCCCAGCACGACGUUAGCUUAGCAUGAACAGGAAAACCCUGAACCCUAAACCCUGACCCAAAGUCCUGAUCCUCCUGCAGGUCCAUGACCCCCUUCCACUAGAAAACCAGGUCUCUGACCAAUCAGAGCUGAGCCUGAACUCAGUGUGGGUGGAGCCUCAAUCAACCUUAUCAGCCAUGUUUACUGGGAAACCUUGUUCACGCGUCACAGACUCGAUCCCCUGAGACUGAACCGCUUCUCUGACUACAAAGAGACACAGGACGAAACCUGAUAAAUCCAUGAGACUUAUGUAACUGUUGGUCCAGAUGUGACGGGUUUGGCUCCUCUCAGUUGCCGUAGCAGCCGUACAACACCACGCUGUCAGCUUUAAAUAUGAAGGCAGCAACAAUAGUGUUUUAUAUCUUUUUCUUUGGCAGCUCGUGUUUUCUCUUUCCCUGCUGAGUGGACGGACUGACUCAUCCUCGGCUCCGGCUCCGGCUCCAGGCUCCAGGCUCCAGGCUCCAGGUUCCAGG